AUGCUUACGGAAUCUGGUGCGAGAGAGGACGAUAAAAGAGGAAGACAGAAGAUAACGAUUGACAUUAUUUUAUUCUGUUCAUAUCUAUCGGUAUGUCUGUCUAUCUAUCUGGAUUCAUUCGAUUAUUCAUUCAUUAUCUAUCUAUCUAUCUAUCUCGAUUCAUAUCUAUCUAUCUAUUUAUCUAUCUAUCUAUCACUUUUUAUUUUAUUAAUAUAUAUCUAUCUAUUAAAAAUCGCUGUAUCUAUCGAUCUAUCUAUCUCGAUUCAUUCAUCCAUAUCUAUCUAUAUAUCUCGUUUUAAUUUAUUAAUAUCUAUCUAUCUAUCUAUCUAUCUAUCUAUCUAUCUAUCUAUCUAUCUAAGUGUCUCUUCAUUAUCUAUCUAUCUAUCUAAGUGUCUCUUCAUUAUCUAUCUAUCUAUCUAUCUAUCUAUCUAUCUAUCUAUCUAUCUAUCUAUCUAUCUGUCAUUCAGACAUAUCCAUCUUUUUAUUCUAUUUAUUCAUCUAUCUAUCUAUCUAUCUAUCUAUCUAUCUAUCUAUCUAUCUAUCUCUGUUCAUCUAUCUAUCUAUCUAUCUAUCUAUCUAUCUAUCUGUCAGAAAUCUCUCUCUCUCUCUCUAUCUAUCCAUCUCACUUCAUUCAUAUCUAUAACUCUAUUACUCUAUCUUUUUCAUUCCAUUAAUAUCUAUCUAUCUAUCUAUCUAUCUAUCUAUCUAUCUAUCUAUUGA